AUGUCUAAAUUGGUUUGUUUUGGCACUCCUGCUACUAUCAAAUUCUUGGUCCUGUCCUUGUUCUCUCCCUUUCAACAUCUGAAGUCUCUUCUUCAAGUCCGCAGUUUCCUUUUUUAUAGAAACGCGACUGUGUGUGGUGAUAUACGUACAUUUUUGGGUGCUGUUACUGGGACUACUGGGAAUAUUGACCUUAUGGCCCAAGAAUAA